UAUGGUCCUGCAGAAAAGACUUGUUGGAAACGAUUUCAUAAAGCCUUUGUGGAGUCCUGACAAGACACACUUGCAUCCACCGGAGCGCACAGCCGAGCUUCAACGCCGUGCAACGACAAAGGCGCAACAGCCUCAUUUUACGCACAUUCCCGUUAAAUCCAGACACUUUCCUGAGGGUUGUGUAAGUGAGGCUGAUAUAAAACAAGGCGGCAGCUGAUUCGUGGGGCUUGACAAACAGCAAGAAGGGAGAAAAGUAGAGAUUUCGUGUGGAGACUUGGGAGGAACAAAAGGAAAAUAAAAAUGUCUAAACCGAAUUACUCCGGCACGUUUCAUAUGGUGGAACAGGACAAUAUGGAUUCCUACCUCGGAGCUUUAGAUAUUAAUUUUGCUCUCAGGAAGAUCGUGUGUCUGCUGAAGCCUUCCAAAGAGAUCAAGCAUGAUCCAGCCACAGGGGCCAUGACGAUCCGCACUCUCACCACUUUCAAAAACUUCAACAUGGAUUUCAUUAUCGGAACAGAGUUUACCGAAGACCUGGGUCCAGUGGAUGGUCGAACCUGUCAGACUACAGUGAGCUGGGAAGGGGACAAGCUGAUUUGUGUACAGCGAGGAGAGAAAGAAGGACGAGGCUGGACGCACUGGUUGGAGGGUGACAAGCUGCAUUUGGAGAUGAGAGUUCAAGAUGUGAUUGCCAAGCAAGUCUUCAAGAAGGCUGACUGAAGUCACUGGAAAUGUGUUUUUAGUGAAUAACCUCAAUGUAUUCCUGAUAGAAAAUAGUCAAGGACUCAGUACUAGAAUCUGAAUGUUUAUAGUUUUAAAAAAAAAAUUAUAAUCAACAAACACUUUUAAAUAUUACAAUAGGACUGAAUGUCUGUGAACAUACUGUAUUUGUACAUGCUCUUGUAUCUGUCUAAUGGUACUAAUGGUGACAAACUGAGAGCAGCACAGCAGAACAACUUGUGUAAACAUUCCCUACAUACUUUCUCAUAUUGCACUAUCUAUCUUCUACAUGAUAUAAACAAAUCAUACAUCU